AUGGGCCACCCCCCCGCCGAGCCGCCCGCUGUGCGGGAGCUGGAGGAGGCCGUCCGCGCCCUCCAGGACCGCAUCGACCGGAUAGAGCAGGAGCUUCCAGCCCGCACGAAUGGCUCGGUGCCCACCACCCCAGCGCUUGCCCGUGAUGCCCUCCACACCAAGAUGGAGCAGCUGGAGGAGCAGCUCCUCUCCAAGAUCCUGACCCUGCAGAAGGAGCGCCAGGCUGCCAACACCGACCGCAGCCAGCAGCAGCAUGACAUCGAGAAGGAGCUGAACUCCCUCCAGAACCGGGUGACGGAGCUGGAGCAUGGACCACCGGGCUAUAGCCCUCCCGAUGCCUUCAAGGUGACCAUCCCAGUACAGAACAACUACAUGUAUGCCCGCAUGAAGAAGAGCCUGCCAGAGCUCUAUGCCUUCACCAUUUGCAUGUGGCUGAAGUCCAAGGCCCUGGCAGGGCUUGGCACCCCUUUCUCCUACUCUGUCCCAAGUCAAUCUAAUGAGAUCGUGCUGCUGGAGUGGGGCACCAACCCCCUGGAGCUGCUCAUCAAUGACAAGGUUGCCCAGCUGCCGCUGAGCCUGAAGGACAAGGCCUGGCACCAUGUCUGCGUGGCAUGGACCACCCGGGAUGGCAAGUGGUCUGCGUACCAGGACGGUGAGCAGCGGGGCGCCGGCGAGAACCUGGCCUCCUGGCAUGCCAUCAAGCCCCAGGGUGUCAUUAUCCUGGGCCAAGAGCAGGACACGCUGGGCGGCCGCUUUGAUGCCACACAGGCCUUUGUUGGGGAGCUGGCACAGUUCAGUGUGUGGGACCACAUGCUGGCACCGGCGGAGAUCCUGGGCUUGGCCAACUGCACUUCCCACCUCCAGGGCAACGUGAUCCAGUGGGAUGACCAGGCGGUGGAGGUCUUCGGGGGCGCCAGCAAGGGGGGCUUCGCUGCCUGUGAGGAAGGGAGGAAGGCAUGAGCGGUUCCUUGUCCCCUCCCCAGCACCAAGGAGCCUGGUGGCAGCCCUGAAAGCAGGGAGCCCCUUUCUCCCCUCCCAGACCACCUAGCCUUGCCAAGGCGAUGCUCAAGCCCCCCUUGCUGGCAUCCCAGGAGGGAGGGAGGCCCCUGGCAGCCUCCCUCUUGCCCCCAUGUCAGUGGUGUGGCUUGUUCUCGCUCCCAGCACACCUGCCCUUGGGUCUCAUCUUGCCCUGCUUCUGUUUCAGAAGGACCUUGCCAUACCCACCGGCAUCUCUGGUAGGCAAGUAUCCCCACCUUAUCAGCCCCAACAGGGACUGGGAAGGAAACCUCCAUCCACCUUGAGCAUGGUCCAGCCUUGGUGGGAUGCCAGCGUGCAGGCACCCCCCGAGCACAUCCCCUUUCCUUAUUUAUUUCUAGUUCCCCGCUACAUAGUUUUGUAAGCCCGUACUCCAAAGGAGCCCAAAGGCUUGGCCAGGAGCAUCUUCUCCUCCAGCCCCAUCCCCUCUUCUCCUCCUGCCCUGGUGGCCCAGGAAGGCCAAGGGAGGAUGGUGGAGGGUUGGUGGGGUAGUGGUCCCCCCCACACCCUUCCCCUGCCUCCACUGCCUGUUCAGGCAGGGCUGCUGCCUGAGGGGAGUCAGGCUUUUGAAGCAGAGGGAAGCACAGUGUCCACACCCCCACACCCCCCCCAGGCUGUGGGGUCAGUUGGCAACUGAGGGAAGGGGGGGAAAGGGGCAAAGCACCUCCUCCAUCCUGGCCGAGGGGGAGAGAGUGCAGCACUGCUGUUGAAGGCAGUAAAAGCAAGAAAGGAGAUGGAGGAUGGUGGUGAUCAGAAGAGCCCUGCUGUCCAUCUCUCAGCCUUUUAGGUGCGGCAUUGGGUUGCUGCCCUUGCGUCCACCUGGGUCCCCUGCUUUCAGCUGCUCCUGGUCGGGGACAGGGCCACCACUGGCCCUGGAACAGGGACAGCAAUGGAGUGGGCUGGUAUUUUCCCUGUGGAGUGCCUGAAAAUACGCUCUUUCCACACCAUAUGGUCACCAACAUCUCAAACCAUGAGAGUGUGUGUGUGUGUGUGUGUGUGUGUGUAUGUAUCUGGGGUGGGGAGGGUUAUUUCGGGGGUCUCAUGGUUGCUUAAUGCGAUGUCCAGCUUCCAGUGCUCCCCCUACCCCAAGUCCCACUUUGUGCUUUCGAUGAGAGCUGCCCCCAUGCCCAGGGAAAGCGAAGCAGGCAGAGGGGACAGCCCCACCCUCCAGCAUCGCCCCCUGGCAGGGUCCCCGCCGGCAGUGGGCAGCUCAGCCUGCCAGGGGGGAUGCAGCAGGGACGGGGUGCAGCCCUUGUGCCAAGUGGGAAACACUGUGACCUUUGUGCACCCAGCCAAGCUGCCCCCUCUUCCUCGCUCGCUUGUGUGCUUUCUCUAAUGCACGUUCGUGAAAGGGGCCCUCGUAGUGCGCCUGUGUUGGGACAUUUCUUUUGUAAAGCUGAUCGUGAACAAUAAACGUGAUGUUUUCU